GCUUCCCUAGCUGGGUGGGUGCUGCCGUCGACCCGGCGUCACUGCAGAUCCAAGGUCGCCGAGUGAUGAGGUGAAGCCGCCCGCCAGUCCCCUGCCACGCCCGGACUGUGGUAGUUGCGGCGGCGGCAGCUUCGGCUGCAGCUCUCAGGCUGUGGCAGCAUUAGGGGCUUCUUCCUCCUCAGCGAGUGUGAGCGGAGGAGCGAGGACGGCGGGCCAUCGCGGCUAUGACUGUCCAGGGGCUGACAACCACAUGAGCACUGACAGCCGCAGAUGUCACUUGACUCACCACGGAAACCCUGUCCUAAAGGGAGCGUACACAUGACCGCGUCCAUUUCUUUCCCGAAUGGCUUGAUGGAUUUCCUUUACCCCAGUGCGUACCAAAGCGAUCCCUUUCAGCCACAGCGAGAGAGGAUUCUGCAUGAGUCACUCCCAGGAUGCCAUUUUCACAUCGCCAACAGGUGAAGAGAACCCCAUGAAUAGCAACCACAGAGACUCGGAGAGCAUCACUGAUGUCUGCUCCAGCGAGGAUCUCCCCGAAGUCGAGCUGGUGAACCUGCUGGAAGAGCAGCUGCCGCAGUAUAAGCUCAGGGUCGACUCCCUCUUUCUCUACGAGAACCAAGACUGGGCGCAGUCUUCACCCCAGCACCAGCCUCAAGAUGCGCCGGAGACUCUCUCUCCCGUCCUUGCCGAGGAGACGUUCCGCUACAUGAUUCUAGGCACAGACAGAGUGGAGCAGAUGACCAAAACCUACAAUGACAUCGACAUGGUCACACAUCUCCUGGCAGAGAGGGAUCGAGAUCUAGAGCUAGCUGCUCGGAUUGGGCAAGCUCUCCUGAAGAGGAACCAUGUCUUAUCUGAGCAGAAUGAAGCCCUGGAGGAGCAGCUGGGACAAGCCUUUGAUCAAGUUAACCAGCUGCAGCAUGAGCUGUCCAAGAAGGACGAACUGCUUCGGAUCGUUUCCAUUGCUUCUGAGGAGAGUGAGACCGACUCCAGCUGCUCCACGCCUCUUCGGUUCAAUGAGUCCUUCAGCUUAUCGCAAGGUUUGCUGCAACUGGACAUGCUGCAGGAAAAGCUCAGGGAACUGGAGGAAGAGAACAUGGCCCUUCGAUCCAAGGCUUGCCACAUCAAGACAGAAACCUUCACCUAUGAAGAGAAGGAGCAGCAGCUGGUCAACGACUGCGUUAAAGAACUUCGUGAAACCAACGCGCAGAUGUCCAGAAUGACGGAAGAACUGUCGGGCAAGAGUGAUGAGCUGCUCCGAUACCAGGAGGAGAUCUCGUCCCUGCUGUCUCAGAUCGUGGAUCUGCAGCACAAGCUUAAAGAGCAUGUCAUCGAGAAGGAAGAGCUCAGACUUCACCUGCAGGCUUCCAAAGAUGCCCAGCGACAGCUGACAAUGGAGCUUCAUGACCUUCAGGACAGAAACAUGGAGUGCCUGGGGAUGUUACACGAGUCCCAAGAAGAAAUAAAAGAGCUUCGCAGCAAGUGUGGCCCGGCCGCCCACCUCGGCUUCUCGCAGGCUUACGGAGUUUUCACGGGGGAAUCGUUGGCAGCUGAGAUUGAGGGGACCAUGCGUAAAAAGCUGAGUUUGGAUGAGGAGUCUGUGUUUAAACAAAAAAAGCACAGGUCACGGGGCUGUCACUGCACCGUUGCAGAAAGCACAGGUCACGGGGCUGUCACUGCACCGUUGCAGAAAGCACAGGUCACGGGGCUGUCACUGCACCGUUGCAGAAAGCACAGGUCACGGGGCUGUCACUGCACCGUUGCAGAAAGCACAGGUCACGGGGCUGUCACUGCACCGUUGCAGAAAGCACAGGUCACGGGGCUGUCACUGCACCGUUGCAGAAAGCACAGGUCACGGGGCUGUCACUGCACCGUUGCAGAAAGCACAGGUCACGGGGCUGUCACUGCACCGUUGCAGAAAGCACAGGUCACGGGGCUGUCACUGCACCGUUGCAGAAAGCACAGGUCACGGGGCUGUCACUGCACCGUUGCAGAAAGCACAGGUCACGGGGCUGUCACUGCACCGUUGCAGAAAGCACAGGUCACGGGGCUGUCACUGCACCGUUGCAGAAAGCACAGGUCACGGGGCUGUCACUGCACCGUUGCAGAAAGCACAGGUCACGGGGCUGUCACUGCACCGUUGCAGAAAGCACAGGUCACGGGGCUGUCACUGCACCGUUGCAGAAAGCACAGGUCACGGGGCUGUCACUGCACCGUUGCAGAAAGCACAGGUCACGGGGCUGUCACUGCACCGUUGCAGAAAGCACAGCACAGGAACUCACAGCCCACCAGCCACCCAGGACCCACUGAGGACAGCGACUUGGCUACGGCCCUGCAUCGCCUUAGCCUGCGAAGACAGAACUACUUAAGUGAGAAGCAGUUCUUCGCCGAGGAGUGGGAGCGGAAGAUCCAGGUUCUGGCCGAGAAGGAAGAAGGUGGUAACUGAGACGCCCCCACAGGGACCCUCGAUUCAUUCUGCGCUGACCAGUCGGAGACCACAGACCUUGGCAGUGCCAGAUGCCUUCGAGGCUUCAUGCCAGAAAAAUUGCAAAUCGUCAAGCCUUUAGAAGGAUCGCAGACUCUCCAUCACUGGCAGCAGCUUGCUCAACCAAACUUGGGAACCAUCCUUGACCCGCGACCAGGGGUCAUUACCAAAGGCUUCACCCAGAUACCCGAGGAGGUCAUCUACCACCUCUCAGAUUUAGAGGAGGAUGAGGAGGAGGGGAUCACUUUCCAGGUCCAGCAGCCGCUUCAUGUGGAGCAGAAACCAGCAGCUCCCACGCCAGUAACAGGGAUCUUCCUGCCACCCAUCACCUCAGCAGGUGGACCGGUUACAGUCUCUGUUUCAGUUGCAACUGCGAACCCAGGGAAGUGUCUGUCAUGCACAAACUCCACAUUCACCUUCACCACCUGUAGGAUCCUACAUCCCUCUGACAUCACCCAGGUCACCCCUAGCUCCGGGUUCCCGUCACUGUCCUGUGGAGGUGGUGGGAGCAGCUCCUCCAGCCCGGCUGUGAACUCCCCUGCCAUGUCCUACCGGCUCAGCACUGGCGAAUCCAUCACCAACCGGCGUGACUCCACCAUAACACUCAGUAGCACGCGGAGCCUAGCCAAGCUCCUGCAGGAGCGAGGCAUCUCUGCGAAGGUGUACCACAGCCCGGCUUCAGAAAUCCCGCUUCUGUGGCCUCGCCCCAAGGCCCUAGCCACCCCUUCCACACCACCAAACUCCCCAUCACAGUCACCGUGCUCCUCUCCCUUGCCCUUCGAACCCCGAGUCCACGUCUCCGAGAAUUUUUUGGCUUCCCGACCAGCUGAAACAUUCCUGCAGGAAAUGUAUGGCUUAAGACCUUCAAGGACCGCGCCCGAUGUUGGCCAGCUGAAGAUGAACUUGGUAGACAGGCUAAAGAGACUGGGCAUAGCCAGGGCGGUCAAGACCCCCGAUCCCCAGGAGAACGGGAAAAGCCGAGAGGCAGAAACAGGUCUUCCAAAACCAGAGUCUGCUGUUUAUUUAAAUUCAAGUGGAAGUUUACUAGGUGGGCUGAGGAGGAAUCAGAGCCUUCCGGUCAUGAUGGGCGGCUUUGGAGCCCCAGUUUGCACAACCUCACCCAAAAUGGGGAUCCUGAAGGAAGACUGAGGCUCAGCACCGACUGACCUCACGUAUAAAUUAUUAGCACAUGAAGGACAGGGCUGCACUGAGGAUGGGAACUGGCUAAGGAGAGCAAAGGAAAGUCGAAGAAGGGCUGUGGAUGUGCGGAGGGUGUCGUGGGCGGGGGGGGGGGGGGGGGGGGGGGGGGGGGGGGGGGGGGGGGGGGGGGGGGGGGGGGAAAAGGGGGGGGGGGGGGGGGGGGGGGGGGGGGGGGGGGGGGGGGGGGGGGGGGGGGGGGGGGAUGGAAGCGUUUGGGUGAGGCCUUUGAGGAUGGAGUCAUAAACAGGAGGUAGGGACAUGAGUAAGUCGGAGACAGAAAUGACAGAAAUGGAAGGAAGGGUUAGCGUGCUUCUCCAGCUGAGUUUCCUUGCCUUGAAAAUGAAAAAUGAAUAGAAAAACAAAUCCAGCCCUAUGGAACACAGCAGUAAUACUGAACUGCCGGCCCCUCGGUCCCUAGAGAUCACAAGCAGGAGGAGCCUGCCUGGAAGGAGAGCCAGGAACAGUGCAGCUGUCCCGGCCAGCGGCUGUCCCAGAGGGUUGGUGCAGCGUGUUGUCUGUUACUGGGACUGCAGGCGUUUUCCCCGCUGAUACGCGGUCAAAUUGUGUACCCGUCCAAUGGUGUGCUCACAACAUUAGCAAAAUAAGAGUUCUGUCCCUUGCUUCAGAAGUGGAGACUUUCUAGUUUCAGAACACUCUCAGACACCGAGAGCCAAACACCACCCCGAUUGCUUUGUAUUUGCGAUUACUAAAACUUCAGUUUUUUUAAACUUGUAUUUUUGUACAACAUAACAAAAAAAUUAAAAAAUAACCAUGUGAGCGGGCUUGGGAGGGAUUUAGGACGGGAAAUGGGGGUAAAUGGGGAUCAAGAAAGUUCUUCAGGACGUUUCUUCUGGAUAAUAUGGUGGCCAAGGAAUGCAGACACAAUGCAUGUUUCUCAGAUUUCCUUGGAGGCCGUAAAGCUUAGACCAGAAGUGCAAUCACUAGUACUUAGAUUAUGUUGUAUAUUUAUAUCUGUAAAUCUUUAAGAAAAGUUAGUCGUAACUAACUUCUUCCAAAGUGUGCUAUGCAUAUGUUUAAUGAAAGAUGACAUGUAUUUGCACAAAAAUUCUCAGGCACAUUAAAUUAUAAACUGAAGUGAAACCCAGGCACUUGCUCGAGCGUGUUUGUCAGAUUCCGUUGUUUUCCUCAUGUUGGUUAAAACAGCUGCCUAGUUCCUGGCACCUGCAGAAGCCGAGAAGGACCUUGUUCAUGGCUAAGACAGGCAAGGCCUGGAGACGAGUCCUGGGAUUCAGCAGUGCGUUGCGGGCCUUGAGUUGGGAAGAAAGCUCUGCUUUCUGAGGUGGCCGGCCAUGGCUUUGUCUUGAGGGGUCCUUCAGGAAAGAAGGUCACACGUGAGGAUAAGAGGGAACUCUUUGUUCUGUCUGUGAAAGCAGGAAGUCUCUCCCUUGGUCCUCUUGGUGCUUAACUUGCAAAUGCUCUGCUUGAGAGGAAUUCUUCAUUUCCAGGGAAAGUUGCUUCCUUCUCUGUCUCGAACCUCCUCCCCAAGAAGAGAUAAAACCAAAAUCCACAUGAUGGUAAAGGACACAUGGGCUUUCUAUAUUUCUAGAAUUUAUAAAACUUUUCUAAAUAAAUUCCUCAGCCACCAAGGGUGGUCACCUUUUGCCUGGUCUGGCUGCUGUCAACAAAUCCUCACGCACAUGUCCACGAAGGACUCCAGGUUAACAGCGGCCUUGCACAGACGCAUUCAAACAAGAAUUCCUGGUGUUUCAGUUUCCUAAAUAGACAAAUGCAUUUUUUUUAAAAAAAAAAAAAUUACUUUUCUUGUCUCUAAAUAACUGAGUGCCUCCGUCAGCAAAAGCUCCAGGCUUUGAAGAAAGGACACGUCCAUCGCUUGGACCUUCACAGCUUCUGAAGAGGAGCAGGAGGAAGGAGGGAAGCAUGGGCUUGACAGGGAAGUAGCGUGUUCAGUAACCGGGUUCAUAGAUGUCACAUAAACCACUAUAAGUUGGCUAGCCAUUGUGAAGUUGUGUUGAGAGUUCUAUACUUCUGUAUAGUCAGUGCCUGAGUGACGGCUGGAGGCAGGAUGGUGCCUUAGCACCGAGCGAGCGUGUCCGGUUAAAGAAAUCCAAAUGGGUUUUUGAAAAUUAAAUUGAUUUUUUUUUUAAUGUUCUAACGUUGAUUUUGAAGUUUGCACCUAAAAUUAUUUUUGGUACUGAGAACUGGUUAGACCAGGCAGUCUCUAAAAUGUAGUAGGACCUGGAGCCUUCCCGCAGGUUCUUCCUCCGUGGAACUGUUAUGCUCGGAUACCCUGCUCAUGCUUUUGUUGUUUACGGUAGCGGCUGGUGUGUACUUUGAUGCGCACAUGGGGAAACCCAGCUUCCUCCUUCAGGAUUUUCUGAUUUUUUUCUCAGGUACUUCUGAGUGUCCUGUCACCAAUUAGGAGAGUCUUCUUAAGCUCAGAAUUAAAAUUGCCCUGAAUUUUGGAGAUCCCAAAUCUUAUGUAAAUAGCCUUAGGUUUAAAUCCUUAGACAUUAAUGACCAGUGUCAGUUAAGUAGGUUUUGUUUUUCAGUCUUGUGAUUGUCCUUGAUCUGACACAAAUGGUCAGAGUCUGUCGAGGAAAGAUGUUGGAGGAGGCUCCCAGGAGCCUCGCCCAUAGUGAAGGCACGCCUUACACAGUAUUCAAGCUCCUAGUCAUAAUCAGUAGUGAGAGCUUCUCACACCAGGUUGACAUGUGGAGCCAGGACUGCCCGUGUCUGGGCCACCUCUGCUAUCAGGUGUGUAGAGACCUGUACUCAGAGUGCUGAGUGUGGCCGCAGGCAUGGCGUGGGGCUCCGGGGGCUCCAGGAAAAUAGCCUUGUGUCAUAUCUGGAACCUGACUUUGUCAAAUAGCUCUUAAUGCACCUGCCUUUGCUCUAUCAAUUGUAAAUCAGAUAAUAAACACAAGUAGCUUCUUACA